AUGCCAUUGAAUACUGUCGCCGGCGCGAGCCAACAUUCUCGGAAAUACAAUCCCAAAGUAAAAACUGGAUGCAAAACGUGCAAAAAACGCCGCGUGAAAUGUGACGAAGACCGGCCUUAUUGCCUAAAAUGCACUAGUACUGGUCGCAAGUGCGACGGGUACAGCCAACUGAAGCAUGGAUACCAGACUCAAGUCAUCAGCUUCGCGUUGGAUCCAUCGAGGGUGCCUCAGCACCCGGUUUCGUCAUUUUCCGGAUCUGGAAAUGCACAGUAUCUGGAGUUCUACUACUACCACAUCGGACCAAUGUUAUCCCGCAGAUUCGACGGGGACUUCUGGUGUGGCAUAGUCCUCCAAAUGGCACAAGCCGAAUCCUCCGUCCGUAACGCGAUGAUAGCCCUCGCUUAUCUAAAUCAAACACAACGCGGCAGCCUAGCAGAUGCGCGUCAUGAUACAUCAAAGAAAGAUGUAGAGACCAGCCGCCAAUUUGGGAUGCACUACAACAGAGCCAUCAGAUGUCUCGUAGCCCGCAUGAGCGAAGCAUCAUACGCGCCAGAAACGGGGCUGGUGACCUGCGUGCUCUUCGCCUGCAUAGAGUUUCUGCGAGCCGAUAAGCAGAACGCCCUACUCCAUAUGCGAAACGGACUUUACAUUGUCUCUGAGCUGCGGAGAACACAUGGUGUUGACACGCUUUUUCGCGAGUCCCGUACCAAGAUUAUACACAAUGGCAUCAGCGGACCACUAGAGAUGAUCGAGAAGACUCUUGUCCCAAUCUUCACACAGGGUCUGAUAUCCGCACUACUACAUGGUGUAGAUGUGGACAUGGAAUUUGCUUUCCUCGAGUCUACGCUGCUGAACCACCUGCACCUGCAAACCUUCAACAAUCUACGCGAGGCGCGCUUCUCAUAUUGCGAGAUGAGAGAUGCUUCGAUCAUUCUUGCGCGCGAUUUCGCUAUCAAGCUGUUCCAAGGCCUUGAACCAUCUCCAUCGGAGGUUGAGCGUCAAACACAUGUUCUGGCCUGCCACCAGACCUGGUUCAGAGCUUUAGUCGCCUUUGAAGAAAGUUCUGCGCUUAUCUCUGAAGAAGACAAGCUUGCGAUGAGUACGUUGAAAAUCGGUUAUUACACCACGUAUACUGCUUCUGCGUGUGUACACGAUGCCAGUCAGAUGUCGUUCGAUGUGUAUCUCGAUAGUUUCAAGGCCAUCGUAUACCACGCUGACGUCCUCGUAAACAACACUGUAAACACUCCCAGCUCCACUCAAGAGCAAAGGAUGCGUUCUGGUGCUGCCGCCAACUUCACAUUCGAUACUUGUCUAGUCCCCGCCCUGUACUAUGUCGCCCUCCGCUGCCGCCACCCAUCUACCCGCCGCGCCGCCAUCGCGCUCCUAUCUCGAAAUCUUCCCCGUGAAGGCCUCUGGGACCCGGGUCUCUAUCGCAUAAUAGCCGAGCGCAUCGUGGAGAUUGAAGAGAAAGAAGUUGAUGGGAGCGGCUGGCCGGUAGAGCGAACGAGAUUGUGGAGUGCAAGUGUAACGGCUGAGGUCGGUGAAGAAAGUGGACUUCGAUCAGAUUUCUUGUUUGCAAGGGAUGUUGGGAGGGGGGCGGGGAACACAUGGAGCGAAAAGAAGGUGCCUUCUGUAGCUGAGCUAUAUGUUGAGGUGUGCAAUGCAACUUAG